AUGAGCCGCGACAACAUCUUGACCGCGCCCGCGGUUGAGAGACUGAUCGCCGAUGGUCAAACUAUCGUCAUCUACGAAGAUUCUUUCUUGAGGCUCGAUGGCUGGAUGGAUAGACAUCCCGGUGGACGACUGGCGGUUCUGCACAUGGUGGGCAGAGAUGCGACCGACGAAAUGCAAGCUUAUCACUCGGAAGCCACCCUUCGAACCAUGAAGGCCUAUCGGAUCGGCCGGAAGCAAGGAUCUUGGGUGAACCGCACACCACCAAUUAGAGGCGGCAUCUUUCGCAAAGACGCCCCCGACGAGAAGGAGAUCGAGCUGUCCGACUCCAGCGUCGCCUCCGAUGCCGACGCCGACGAGUCCAGCAGCCUCGACGACGCCGUUAGCUCCGCGUCCGAGGCCUGCAGCACCACCGGCGUUGAUGUCAAGGGCGCCGAGGGCCUGAAGCAGCGCGGCGCCAAGAUCGAGGAGAGCAGGAAGCGAACUGCUACGCUGAGCGUUGCCAACGCCGGUGUUGCGCGCGAGAUCCAGCACGAUCUCGAGACGUAUCCUUCGCCGCUUGAUGCCCACGUGCAGCACGACAUUGCCCGCAAGUACCAGGCUCUUCACCAAAAGAUCCGCGAUCUGGGUCUCUACAACUGCCCAUACAUCGAGUACGGCAAGGAGUUGGCUCGUUACACCACCCUGUUCUCGCUCUUUUCCCUCGCCCUGUACAACCAGUGGUAUAUCACUUCUGCUGUGUUCCUGGGCACGUUCUGGCAUCAAAUCAUGUUCACUGCCCACGACGCUGGCCAUCUUGCAAUCACAUCCAACUUCGUCGUCGACACCCUGAUCGGAAUGUUUGUUGCCGAUUUCUGCUGUGGUCUUUCUAUCGGUUGGUGGAAGAGCAGCCACAACGUGCACCAUCUUAUCACCAACAUGCCCGAACAUGACCCUGAUAUCCAGAACGUUCCUAUCUUCGCCACCUGCCCUUCAUUCUUCAAGUCUCUCCGUUCAACCUACUACAACUUCACCUUCGUCUGGGACGCCGUCGCCGAUUUCCUCGUGCCCUACCAGCGCUACACCUACUACCCGAUCAUGGGCGUCGCCCGCUUCAACCUCUACCUCCUCUCGUGGCUUCACGUCCUUUCCGAGAAGUCCUCGCAGCUUGGAAAGAGCCGAGCCUGGUGGAUUCGCCCUACCGAGAUUGCCUUCAUGGCUUGCUACUGGUUCCUCUUCGGCUACUGCCUCGUCUGGCGCACUCUCCCCGACUGGCCCACCCGUAUCGUCUUCGUUCUCGUCUCGCACAUCAUCACCAUGCCUCUGCACGUCCAGAUCACCCUGUCCCACUGGGGAAUGUCCACCGUCGAUCUCGGCGAGACCGAGUCCUUCGCCCAGCGCCAGCUCCGAACCACCAUGGACGUCGACUGCCCUGCCUGGUUCGACUUCUACCACGGCGGUCUCCAGUUCCAGGCUGUCCACCAUCUCUUCCCCCGAGUGCCGCGCCACAACCUCCGCAAGGUCCAGUUCCUCAUCCGCGACUUCUGCAAGGACACUGGCGUUCCUUACUCGAUCCUCAACUUCACCGACGGAAACCGCAAGGUUCUGGGCCGGCUCCAGGAUGUUAGCGACCAGCUUGAUAUCAUGAUUAAGUGCCAACAGCACAUGGCGAGGACCGGAGAGAGCGGUUUACAUUAA